AUGCAGAGCGUGCAGGGUUCUCCUGCUUCUACGACUCGUUCACACCGCAGUCGGCUUGAACCGCGUGGUCCGCCUGCCUUUGGUCCUUCGCAUUACUUGCAGAAACCUGAACAAACUCAACAACCACAACCACCACCACAACAACAACAAGAAAAGUUAAAGGACAACAAGGCGGUGCCAUCUAUCCGCAAACAUCGCCUUAACUCUCGUGUUCUGCUGUUGUUAUCUUUUGCUUUCGUUAUUUUUGUUCUCUGUAUGGGUUUGUGGUUUAAAAACACUGACACCACAUUAUCACCUGUUUCUGUUUCUUCCGAAUUAGGCGUUGCCAAGACGGCAAGUAUUCCUCUACGACCAUUUGUAUGGUUCAGUACAUCCCUUUAUUCUGCAAUGGGUGGUAUAAUGAAUGUUUGGAAGAAUACAAUGGGUCAAUGGAUACGUAGUCCUUCCCCAUCAUUAUGGUGGUCACAUACAAAGCAUAUGGUAGGGUUCAUACUAGAAAGUAUGCAGUAUGUACUCCGUAUGUUGUGGUAUUUUACUACAGUAUCUGUAAGGCGUGUAUAUUUGUUUCUGCGUGUUUACAUCCUGCAGUAUUCUCAACAUGGUCUGCAGUGGUGUUUUACCUUUGGACGAGGUAUUGCCAGUCGGGUAUUUCAUUUCUCAAUAGGAGGUAUACAGUAUUGUUCUUUUCUUGUUUCGGGCUUUAAUAAGGCGUGGUCCUUGUUAUUGGAAGGAAGUGCCAAUGUGACUGCCACUGUAAAGUCAUGGGUGUACACCGCAAGCGUUACGUUUUUUUCACAUAAUGAAAAUGCAGUACGGGGUACUUCUUCUGCUUCCUCUUCUGAUACAACAACAACAACAACAACUAGUACUAAUACGAAUACUAGUGUUGAUAUUGGGAAACAGUCACGUAUGAUGAGUAUAUCAUCCCGUCAAAGUCAUUCAACGUCUACACCAUCUGAAUCGACGGAGCCGUGGUCAUCUGCCAGAGAUGCGUUGGAAAAAGAACAAAAAAAACGAGCUCAAAAGUUGGGAAAGAAAUCCAGGCUUUGGCACUGGUUCAGAAAAGAUUCUUCCCCCUCAUUUAUUUCCAAGAAAGAAAAGAGAAACACAAAAACAGUGAAAGGAAUAACGAAUGACAAUGAUAAUGGUAAUUGUAGUAAUAGUAGUACUGGUAAUCGUCGUUCAUUUUUCUUGCUGCUGCAGACUUUCUUAUCUCAUUUCUUUUCUCCAAACACUUCACAGCAUCCUGUGGAGAGUGUAAAACAUGGCAAUGAUGACAAGGUGGUGGGAGAUCAAAACAAGUCUCUGCAACCACAACUUCACGCCAAUAUCACUACUAAAAAAACUACUUCACUCCCCAAAUAUUAUUACAUCAGGUUUACUGAUGAAUCCUGUAUAAAAUUAUAUAAAGAAGGUGGAAGAGCGGAAGCACAUCUAGUGCAUAAUUACUUUUUAGAAGAUCUUACACAUCUCUUACGUCUUCAUUCAUGGACAACUGUCUACAAUUUUCGUGUGUAUUGUGUAGGUAAUAUAUUUAAUGCCCACUUUAACUUGUUAACGUUGAGUGGGGAUAUAUGGACACAAGAAAAAAUUGACGCAAUAGUAAAGGAUUAUAACUUCCCACUAUUGCGUGCUGCAUGUAGAAACAAAAGGGAGGAAAUGAAUCCAGCAGUGAAUGAGGUUAAACGUGUACCUGAACCAGUACAGAUUCAUGAGGGUGAAGAGGAUGAAGAGGCUCCUAAGGAGAAACAGUAUCAGGAAGAAGAACAAAUUAAUAAG